UGGACGGAAGCGGCGGGGUUCUUAAGCCUUCUCCCGGCGUCCAUUUAGUGGCGGGAAAAGCGACUUCUUCUUAGUGGUCUUUUCUUGCUGAGUGGUAGCCUUUCCCCUCAACCAGCAAUGGAGGAGCAGCCCCAGAAGCAAGCUGCCGAUCAGCCCGCGGACUCCGGAGGGGAAGGCGGGGAAGGCGGGCCCUCGCAGGUCGCCGGUGCCCAGGAGGCGCGCAGCGAGGACCGCAUGACCCUGCUGCUCAGGCUGAGAGCACAGACGAAACAACAACUCUUAGAAUAUAAAUCAAUUCUUGAUGCAAGUGAAGAAAAAACUCCAGAACAAAUUAUUCAAGAAAAGCAAAUCGAAGCUAAAAUUGAAGACCUGGAAAAUGAAAUUGAAGAGGCGAAAAUUGCUUUUGAGAUAAAACAGCUUGCAAUUGACAGGAUAAGACUUUCAAGUGCACUUAAAAAAAACCUGGAGAAAAUUAGCACAGAGUCUAGUGUGCUCAUGGAUAACAUGAAACACCUAUUAAAGCUAAACAAAUUAGUAAUGAAAUCACAGCAGGAAUCUUGGGAUUUAGAGGAAAAACUGCUUGAUAUUAGAAAGAAGAGAUUGCAAUUAAAACAAGCUUCAGAAAGUAAGCUUUUAGAAAUACAGACUGAAAAGAACAAACAGAAGAUUGAUUUGGAUGGUAUGGAAAACUCAGAGAGGAUAAAGAUCAUACGACAAAACCUACAGAUGGAGAUAAAAAUUACUACAGUUAUUCAACAUGUGUUCCAGAACCUUAUUUUGGGGAGUAAAGUCAAUUGGGCAGAGGAUCCUGCCCUUAAGGAAACUGUUCUGCAACUUGAGAAGAAUGUCGACAUGAUCUAAUAAGAAUUGAUUUCUGUUCUGGUCAACAUGGUGAAACCCCGUCUCUACUAAAAAUACAAAAAAUUAGCUGGGCAUGGUGGCACGUGCCUGUAAUCCCAGAUACUCAGGAGGCUGAGGCAGGAGAAUUGCCUGAACCCAGGAGGUGGAGGUUGCGGUGAGCCGAGAUCGCGCCAUUGCACUCCAGCCUGGGUAACAAGAGCGAAACUCCGUCUCAAAAAAAAAAAAAAGAAUUCAUUUCUGACAUAGUUUACAUUUCUGGCAGUCCCAACUCUUAUUUGGAAUAUUUUUAUGCAUUUGUUUGUCAACUGUAAUUUUAGAAUAUCCAUAGCGUUUACAGUCGUGGUUAGUUAUUUGUUAUUGGGAUUGAAAAAAGUGACUUUAAAAUAUAUAUUUCUAUAUUUAGUUUGCUUUUUUUUUUGAGAGAGAGUCUGGCUCCGCCGCCCAGACUAGAGUACAGUGGUGCGAUCUUGGCUCACUGCUACCUCCAACUCCCAGGUUCAAGCAAUUCUCCUGCCUCAGACUCCUGAGUAACUGGGACUAAAGGUGCACACUGCCACACCUGGCUAAUUUUUUGUAUUUUAGUAGAGAUGGGGUUUCAUUGUGUUGCCAGGCUGGUCUCAAACUCCUGAGCUCAGGCAUUUCCACUGCCUUGGCCUCCCAAAGUAGCAGGAUUACAGGCAUAAGCCACCGCACCUGGCCUAGUUUGCAUUUUUGGUAUCAGUUAUAUAAGUUAAGAAAUAUAAGGAAUUGAUGUUA